GUAGGCUCUGACACUCACGUCACUCAGAGUCUUUCUCCUUUCUUUUAGCCUCAGUACCACUGGGUCGGCUGAGAAGAUGUGAGGUCCCCUCUGGCGCUGCACAGACCAGACCCAAAACUCUUUGGAGAGAGGAAAGAGGAAUUAGCAAGCCUAUCCAGAGCCGACAUCAAAAUGCACUUUUGUUAAUAACCAACGGUGACUCAGCUGACUGAUCUAGCGGGAGAAGCCCUGUGGGUGUACCCUUAGAGUCACCACCUCCUGUGAGGCCAGCUGUCCCCAAAUGUCCCCAUGAUGAAGAAAGGAGAUGGAGAAUAUGAAAGUGUUACUCAGGCUUGUUUGUUUCAUAGCUGUACUGAUUUCUUCUCUGGAAGCCGACCCAUGUCAGGAACGUGAAGAAGAAGUAAUUUUAGUUUCAUCUGCAUCUGAAAUUGAUGUUCGUUCAUGUCUUCUUAACCCAAAUGAAAAGAAAGGCACUAUAAUUUGGUAUAAAAAUGACAGCAAGACACCUGUAUCUAUGGAAGUAAACUCCAGGAUUCAUCAGCAUGAUGAUAAACUUUGGUUUGUUCCUGGUAGGGUAGAAGAUUCAGGACAUUACUAUUGUGCAGUAAGAAAUUCAACUUACUGCCUCAAAAUUAAGAUAACCAUUAAGUUUGUGCAGCACGAACCUAACUUGUGUUACAAUGCAGAAACUAUAUUUACACAGAAACUACCCCUUGAGCAAGAUGGACAACUUGUAUGUCCUUAUUUGGAUCUUUUUAAAGGUGAAAAAAAUGAGUUACCCAAAAUACAAUGGCAUAAGGAUUGCAAACCUCUGCUACUUGACAAUAAGAACUUUUCUGGACUGACCAAUAGACUCAUCAUAACAAAUGUGACUGCAGCACACGUGGGGAAGUAUACUUGUCAAGCCUCCUACACAUACUUGGGAAAGCAGUAUCGUAUUACCCGGGUUAUAGACCUUAUCACUCUAGAGGAAGAAAAGCCUUUGAAGCCUAGAAUUGUGAAUCCAACUAAUGGGACAAUGGAAGCAAGUCUGGGUUCCACGCUACCAUUGAUCUGCAAUGUCAGUGGCCAGCUGAGUGACUUUGUCUACUGGAAGUGGAAUGGGUCAGUAAUUGAUGAAGAUGACCCAGUGCUGGUGGAGGAUUAUUUGCCAGUGGAAAAUCUUUCAAGCAAAGGAAAGAACACAAUCAUCAUUGUGCUUAAUAUUUCAAAAGUGGAAAGUAGAUUUUAUCUAUAUCCAUUUACCUGUGUAGCCAAGAAUACAGAUGGCAUGAGUUCAGCAUAUAUCCAAUUAAUACCUCCAGUCCCUGAUUUCAAGAAGCACACAAUAGGUAUAUUUGUCAUGUUAACUCUAGUAAUUACGUCCUCUGUUCUCAUCUACAAAAUCUUCAAGGUUGACAUUGUGCUUUGGUACAGGGAUUCUUGCUUUGACUUUCUCUCCCCAAAAGCUUCAGAUGGAAAGACCUAUGAUGCAUACAUACUAUAUCCAAAGACCCUUGGGGAAGGGUCCACCUCAAACUCAGAUAUGUUUGUGUUUAAAUUCUUGCCUGAGGUCUUGGAAAAACAGUGUGGAUAUAAGCUGUUCAUUUAUGGAAGGGAUGCCUAUGUUGGGGAAGACAUUGCUGAUGUCACUAAUGAAAACAUAAAGAAAAGCAGAAGACUGAUCAUUGUUUUGGUCCCAGAAGCAUUAGGAUUUGGCUGGUUGAGGAACUCCUCUGAAGAGCAGAUAGCCAUGUACAAUGCUUUCAUUCAGGAUGGGAUUAAAGUUGUCCUGCUUGAACUGGAGGCAAUCCAAGACUAUGAGAAAAUGCCAGAAACCAUUAAGUUCAUUAAGCGGAAACACGGGGCCAUACGCUGGUCAGGGGAUUUUAGAGAGGGCGUGCAGUCUGCAAAGACAAGAUUCUGGAAGAAUGUCAGGUACCACAUGCCGGUCCAGCGGCAGCCACCUUCAUCCAAACACCAGUUACUGUCUGUGGCCUUGAGACAAGACUCUAAGAAGAAGCUUCCGAGGGAGGUGCAGGUGCCUCUCGGGUAGCAGGGAGAAGCUUGGCCAAGAGUUCUUUGGGUGACUCCUGUCUCACGGCGUUGCAGGCCGGGCUGUGCUGGCACUGACUGUACAGUCAUAAAACGCACGUGUAGAGUCCCUUAUCCUUGAAGUCACCUGGAAUUGGAUUGCUCAGAAACAAGAUGUGGUGACAGUAGCAGGUCAGGGCAAUUCAGAACCGAGGGCUUGGAAGUCCUGGUAAAGGGCACCGGACGCCCUGUCUGAAUGUUUGAACUGCCGAGAACAGGCACUAGGAUGGCAAAUGAGAGGUAAGAACUAUCAGGAAACAUUUACCAUCCAGAAACAUUUUAUUGGAGCUGUCCACAGUCCAAGGAGGGCAGCUGUGGCCUGGCCCAGGGACAGCACGGUCACUGGCUUCCCCAGGGGCUUUCCUUGGCACUGCUGCUGGCAAAGUGAGACUGGUAUUUCACAGAGGAGGGAAGAAGUAUGCAUGGAGAACUUUCCAUGUGCUUCACACAUUCCCCAUGCAUCGACAGCCAGCAUUUGGUUUCCAAAGACUGAAUUUUAUUUCAUGGCCCUUUAGAAUUCUCAUUUCAGUGAAAAAAGAACUGUGCAUUUUUGAAAUCAACUUAGCUUUCUGCUGGAGAGAGGGCAUUUCAAAAGCAGGAGUAGCAGAGAAUUGAUCCACCUCUGGACGCCUUACCCUCCAGAAUGACCUUUCUGUCUUACCUUCCUCUUGCACAUUCCACUUCACUCAUCUCAUCUUUGGAAGGACAGCUUCCCAGUCCUUUCUUCCUUCCUCUCGAUCACACACCUGGCCCACGGAUUAGCCUUCCUUCAUACGGUGCUGCUCCAAGCUCCUCCUGCUCCUACUAAAAACACCUCUGCGGGGCUCCUCCUGGUUUAGAACCUAAAACCCAAUUCCACACUUGCAUUUCACCAAGCCCCCAGUCUGUCCUCACAGCUGUGCCUGUCAUUGCCCUGCUCUGUGAACUCCCAGGCCGGCCUUUGUGCACCUUCAUACCUGUGCCUCCUGCCUCUUCAUCUCUGCUUCUCCUUCCUGUCUCCUCUGACCAGAAUGCCUUCUGGAAUUUUCUCCAGCCCACCAGAGUUGUAUGAAAUUCAGAAUUUACCCAACUCUGUUUCUCUAAGAGAUUUCCCCGAGAAACACCCUGAAUCACCUGCUGUCUGCUCUCAGUCUGAUAGCACGUAGUCCCUUGGCCAUCACUUUAUGAGAAGGUUGUUCUGUGUCCAGCUAGAGACCCUGCUCUCUGCAGGACAGGCUGGGGGUGUGUCUCUCAUAGUCAGCGAUGCCUUCACGAGCAAUUUGCGCAUGUGACACAGAUUUCUCUGGGGCUUUCUUAUGGAAAAAUGUCCACAGAUUCUCAUAUUUCAGUUUUGCAAUCAUCCUAAUUUUAUAGAGAAAAGAAGUGACCUGUUUUUUAAAAAAAAUCACACUUAGUGCCUUCGGACCUAGGGCUUCUAGCUCUGGUGCUGGCUUCUUAGUGCACUGUCCUGAAUGCUUGACUUCAGGUCAUUGAAUGUCCCCUUUGCCCCUACGCUGGCACUUUUGCGAGAAGAAAUGACUGUCUUCUGGGAUGGUGGCUGAGUCUAGAGAUGCUUCCAUUUAAGAAACCAAAUCCCAAACUUCUGAGCUUUAGAGUUUGCAAAAAUUGUUUCGAUUUUACGGAGAACGUUUCUGCUCUCAUAUUCCCAAGAUAUAUUCGUUCCCAAUGUAUUCCAUAUAUUUCUUAGUGAAUUAAAAAUGAAAGCAAGUUGGUGUUCUGGUCCAGGACACAGUGUUUUAAAACGUGAUAACACACCUUAGAGAAACCCUGGAAAACUGCAAAGCCAAGUUCACGUGCCAUUUGCUGAAGGACACAUGCACUGUUUUAGAAGUUGUAUGAAUGUGUUCAGGCCCUUUUUAAAAAUUUUUUAAUUUUUCAUGUUUAAUAUUAUGGCCUUAUAUAGUAUAUGUAUCCCCUAAAAGCGGUCAGAGCCAGACAGAAACCAAGUUGAAUGCUUUGCCUCUCUUCUCUCCACCUGCUUUUUCUUGGAUCCAAUCUGACAGCAUUGAGUAAUAGUGCUGUUUUGACACUGUUGUUGUUGUUAUCGUUGUUGUUUAAAAACUGCCUUAUUUUUAUUUGCCAGCACACAGGGACUGUAGCCAGAAGUCUGCGGGGCUCGGGCGGGGGGCGCUCAUGCUUAAAACAUGUACUGUUGCUGAUCACUUGUAGUUGUCAUCUGUAGGAUAUACGUGCUGUGUAGCCCCGUGAAAGCCAAUCCUCAACAUUAGACUGAGCAGCAAAGCCGGCCACAAAGUAAUGAGCGGGGAGAAUAACCAAGAAUUACCAGUGGCAUUUGCACCUGGAAUUUCAGGUGGGACAAGAAUCAGGGAUGAUUCUUGGAUCCAGUGUGACAGCAGGAGAGCCUGUAGGGGACCAGGAGCAGCCCCAACAGGAAAGUGAUGUCAUCCUGUCACUCCCGGUCCUCCCAGGGGAGGAUUCCGGGGGAAGGGGCUACACUCCUAGUUCCCUGGAAACUUCCUUUUUUUUUUUGUUGUUUUCCCUGAAAAACCUCUUUUAAGCUCUUCCUUUCAGGCCUUUCCCAUUAGGUAGAUUUUUCCUGCAUUAUCUGAUGGUAAUUUUUUUGUUCGUGUGAGUGUUUAAAGGAAAGUUUGCCACAAAGCAUUUCGCUUCCAGUUGUCCAAACUGGCUUAGCAGAAUUUAUAUCUUCCUCUCCCACCUCCCUUUGUUUAUUUGCAAUAACAGAAAAGGUAGUGAGCCAUUUUUUUUCCAGUGGUAUUUUUGAUAAAUUAUAUUUUUACUGGUUAAUGAUGAAGGGUUUUUUAAAAAACUUGUUUGUAUAAUUCUAAGCAGAUACCAAAUAUUUUUAUAUAGUAAAACACCAGAUUCGUGUAAGCAUGUAUCCCUGACCGAUAGACUGUACUUGUUUUCCAAUAAAAUUGGCAAAAGCUGA